AUGGCUUUAAAUCGUAAUCAUUCUCAAAAUGGAGGUGUUUUGAUUAACAAUGGCGAAAGCAUUGUCCGGGAAUGUAAGAAUGUGGAGUUGUCGCUCAAUGAUGUCAAAACCAAAGCAGAUCUGUUAAAAGGAGCCAAAAAGGGCAAUGUGUACCUCACUCCAUACAGGUUGGUAUUCGUCUCCAAUAAUGCUAAGGAUAAUUUUGUUUCGGCCAUGUUCCCUUAUCAUCUGAUGAAAGGAUGCAGUAUUGAACAGCCAGUCUUUGGAGCCAAUUACAUUAAAGGGAAUGUGUUGGCUGAAUAUGGAGGUGGCUGGGAGGGCACAGCUCAAUUCAAAAUGACUUUUAUGUCUGGUGGAGCCAUUGAUUUUGGACAAUAUCUUUUUAAAUUGGCCACACAUGCUUCUCGUGCCCCACUCGCUCAAAAUGGGGUUGCUGCAUUUGGUUAUCCCUCACCAGUAAUGAUGAACUCUUAUUGCCCGCCAUCUCCGGCCUAUCCUUAUCCAGGGCCCCCUCAGCCUAAUGGUUACUACCCAGUUCCCCCAACUACCGCUGGAAACAUGGCGUAUCCAUAUCCUCCUCCUGCUCCAGGAAUGUUCCCAACUGGUUAUGACUACAUGGCUCCACCCCCAUAUCCUGGCCCUCCACAGAACUGGACAACACCAGCCCCUACAGCUCCAGUAAAUGCCAAGGCAGCUGAAGCAGCUGCCAGUGCAUAUUAUGAUCCCAACAAUCCCCACACUGUCUACAUGCCCACGGAGCGACCACCCCCAUAUGCACCAAACGCUCCUGACAAGAAAAAUAAUUAA